UUAGCAUCGAUGAGGCUCUCGCGAACAUGGCGGAUUUCCUGCCGUCGCGCUCCGUGCUUAAAGUUUGCCUUCCCGUGUGUCUGCUCAACAGCAGCGAGGUGGAGCAGGUCCGCCGCUCCAAGGAGAUCGACCGGCGGCUCUCCCGGGAGAAAACCUACGUAAAACGCCUGGUAAAGAUACUGCUGCUCGGAGCGGGCGAGAGCGGCAAGUCGACGUUCCUCAAACAAAUGCGGAUCAUCCACGGCCAGGACUUCGACCAGAGAGCCCGCGAGGACUUCCGAGCAACCAUUUAUAGCAACGUUAUCAAAGGCAUACGUGUGUUAGUGGACGCUCGCGAGAAGCUGCACAUCCCAUGGGGGGACCCGGGCAACCAGCAGCGCGGCGACAAGCUGAUGGCGUUUGACACGCGUUCGGCCAAGAUGGUCCGCGGGCAGUUGGAGACGCCCGUCUUCCUGCAGUACCUGCCCGCCAUCAAAGCCCUGUGGGCCGACUCCGGCAUCCAGCACGCCUACGACCGCCGUCGCGAGUUCCAAUUGGGCGAGUCUGUCAAGUAUUUCUUGGAUAAUCUGGAUAAGCUUGGCGAGCCGAAUUACCUGCCGAGUCAGCAGGACAUACUGCUGGCGCGAAAGCCCACGAAGGGAAUCCACGAGUACGACUUUGAGCUGAAGAACGUCCCGUUCAAGAUGGUGGACGUGGGCGGCCAGCGGUCCGAGCGGCGGCGCUGGUUUGAGUGCUUCGACUCGGUCACCUCCAUCCUCUUCCUCGUAUCCUCAUCCGAGUACGACCAGGUUUUGAUGGAGGACCGUCAGACCAACCGGCUGUGUGAGUCGCUCAACAUCUUCGAGACCAUCGUCAACAACCGCGUGUUUGCCAACGUGUCCAUCAUCCUCUUCCUCAACAAAAUGGACCUGCUGGAGGAGAAGGUGAAGAGCGUGCCUCUCAAGGACUACUUCCCCAACUACAGCGGGCCCGAGCACAGUUUGCCUGACGUGAAGGACUUCAUGGUGGAGUGCUUCCGGGCCAAGCGACGCGAUGCCACCCAGAAGCCGCUCUAUCACCACUUCACCACCGCCAUCAACACGGAGAACAUCCGACUGGUGUUCCGGGAUGUCAAGGACACGAUUCUCCACGACAACCUCAAGCAGCUCAUGCUCCAAUGACCGCCGUGCACGACUCUAGAAUAAGAAUCUAGUAGCACGCGUCGGCUGCUUUUACAGUAUAUUAGUCGUGGUUUAGUGGUUUGCGACGCGGGGCCCGCCGACACGAUGCUGACGAGACGUCCUUUGGCUACACGCUACGUUAGAACGUUUUACGCGAUGGAAUCGAGAGAACGCUCAAUGUUUUCAUCUAUGUUGGGCCGUCCGUUUUUUUUUUUUGUUUGAUUUUUUUUUUUUUGGUCCAAGCACUGAAUUCAUGCAAGUAACUCGAGUCGGUUGUUGCACUGUUCCACACCCCCUCUGCUGCUUCGUGAAUAGAUAAACAGCAGACACUCCUACUUAUACCUUGUUUCUCCCAAAUCGUCCUGGUCCUGACCUUGUCCCAGGUCACAAGUGUAACAUCUGCAGAAAAAAACUGAAUGACCCUGUGAUGCCUUAAGAGACCAAGUUAUUGUGAUUCGCAGCCAGUGUGCUUUGUGAUCAUCAGGUGCGCUGCAGGAAAUUUUCCAAUUUCACAAAUUAUGUAUUUAAUACAAUGAAUGUCUUUGUUCAUCAAUAUAUGCCAGUGACAAGUGAAACAAUUAAAUGCUCUUCCACUAGAUGGCAGAAGAUGCGUCAUUAACCUGCGUGUCCUCUUUUUGUCACAUUUGUUUAGCGUGCUGAGUCAUUUUUGCCAAUGUAAAUACGUGCCUUGCCUCAAAGAUUGGGGAAAAACUCAGUUGCAGUGAUACCUAACCUUUAUUGAGCCAGUGCACAUAAAUUUACAUUCGAAAAAUCUCACAGCACACCAAACGAAUGUGAUAAAAAUUUGACAAAAAGCAAUCGGCGCUCUUGAAAGGGAUUUCAAUUGCCUAUUGAUGCCACAAGAUGGCGGAAAAGCAACACUUUCUCUGUCAGACAGGGCUAUGGCCUAUCAAAAUACACCAAUGCUCCUUCCCUUAUUUCAAUGUAAUUCCACUGCACCAAAGCAGUACUUAUAGGGAAACACUGUAUACUGAAUGAUAAUCUAAAAUCAUGGUCAUCAACCAAUCAAAAAAAAAAAAAAAAACAACUGG